AUGAUUCAAAAAUUGAUACAAGUUAUUGCCACUAAUCGAUUCUUAUUGCCACCAUUAAACAAUCCAAAACCUGAAAUUAGACGAUUGCCAAAAGCUGAAAUUAGAUCAAUACGACUGAACAACUGUGGAAUCAAAACAGUAGCACCAGAUGCUUUCACCAACUUUUCAGACCAUCUGGAAGAACUGAACCUGUCUGGGAACGAAAUCACAACAAUACCUCAACUUGACAAUCUAGCAAGACUAAUAACUCUGGACUUCAGUUACAAUAAAAUUACCGAAAUACCCGAAAAUUGUUUUAGCAAUGUUAAGCUGUUAAAAAACUUGAAACUGCAAGGCAACAGCAUUUGUACUCUACCAAGGUUGGCACUGAAUGAAAUCAAAGAAAAGCUGGAAUUACUCGACUUGAGCAACAAUUGCUUGAAUCAUGUUCCAGCUCAAAACCUCCGGAAUUCGUUAAAUAUGCAGUAUUUAGACCUAUCUCGAAACAGUAUUAGUGAAAUAGCAAACUUUGAAUUGAUCAAUCUCCCUCAACUACAAGAACUGCGAAUGCAGCGAAACAAUUUACAACGGAUAGCACCAAUGGCUUUUAUGAAUGUACCGAAACUGCAGCAUUUAUAUUUAAACGAAAACCUUCUAUCAAACUUCGAGUCUAUUCGCAUGUUUCAAAAUCUCGAAAUUUUAGACCUUUCAAGAAACCAACUGAAAGAGCUUCCAUUGCUGAAAGAAUUGCCAAUGAUCAAGGAAAUACGGGCAGACUUCAAUCAAAUAGGAAAAAUUGAUACGCUUACGUUCAGUUCAAAUCCAAGCUUAAAAUUGAUAAAUCUACAAAAUAACCAGAUAUCGUCAUUAUCACGAAACGGUUUUGACUCUUUGGAACAGCUGAAUGUUCUACUUCUGAACAAUAAUUUACUUGCUAGCAUAGAACGUGGUAUGUUAGACGGCAUGAGAAACCUACAACAGUUAAGCUUAAGUAACAAUUCGCUAAUCAACGUCAGCGAUAAAUCCUUCAGCUCAGUUCCGCUUCUAACUUCACUUGACCUAUCCAACAACAAAAUAGAGUCGCUAUCAGCCAAUUUGUUCGAUCCUUUGACCCAGCUAUUUUGGCUUGAUCUUUCCAACAACAAAAUCGUUUCAAUAGAAAAAGGAACAUUUAAAAAUCGAAUUGCUCAUGUUCUUCUUCACGGUAACCAUCUUGUUUGCGACAAAAAUACUGAAUGGCUAGUUGAUUAUCUGGUUGCCAAUCACGUACGAACAUUUCUUCCGUUUCAAUCAGAAAUUGUUUGUACAGAACCAGAAAAAAAUGUUGGUGUUCGAUUAAAAGAUUUGAUGAUUAGAAAAUCAAACGAAACAAUGAAUGUACAACGUCAACUUAAUCAUCCACCAACAAUAAAUCAAAAUUUACUUCAAAAAAUAAUAUCCGAUAAAUUCAAUACCGGUUACCAAAAUAGUCUACCAACUCCGCCCCAAAAUUCUCAGAGAACUCAAGUUGCAAUAUCGGACGUCGUCAAUGCAAUCAGAACAAUGCCAAACGCCGCUGUAAAUAUUCCUGGUCUAGGCAACAUCAACCUUAGUCAGCUUCCACCAAGUGUAAUUAGCUAUGUGCUUCGUGGAGGACAAAUCCCAGGUGUACCAAAAGAAACCUUAGACAAAGUGAUCGCCAGUUACGCCGAGAGAAUUCAAUCUGCAUAUAAAGCUCAAAAUGGGAAUACUAUUGGUAAAACAAUAAUACUGCAAGAGAACAACAGCAGCAGUAGCAGCAGCUACACAAAUGCAGUCAUUAAUCUUGACGAUCUACAAAAACUUAGUGGAGAAAGCAAUGAAAGCUCGUCAAAAUCUUCGGAUGCAUCAAUAACUACCGACCUAACUGACAGUAAAACGUUGAUAAAUACCAUACGCUUGCCACCACAACUUUUACAACUGCUUAAACUGCUACCACCAAAUUAUGAUAUUACAAAAAUCCCAAACGAAGUCAUGCAAACAGUAUCCAAAAAUGAGAUCCCCGAUUUUGCCCUGCUUCCCGCAGAUCUUCAACAACAUUUGAUGAAUAAUAUACAUAAUGUGGUGAACGCUCUAGCUGAUAAGCAAAAUGUCACAAUCGAUGAUAUCCUUAAAAAGUUACCAAAAUUCGACCGCCCUGCUGCUCCAACAUUUGCGCCGUACAGUAUCGAUGAGGUCCGAAAUGAUUUGAUACACACAAAGAAUAAACUGGAAAAACAACGUCGAAUUCAUCUUUACACAGAACUUUUAUUAAGCUUUGUUGGUGCAAUCUCAACCAUCGUCAUUAUUGUUUUGUGUAUCUAUACAAAGCGAAAACGUCAAGCUCAGCUCGUAAAAGGUGUGGAAGCCGAUUCACUG